GCUCUGGAAGACCUGAUACCAACUGGAUUCUCUCUCAUUUGACAAAAUUUUUUUUUCGUCACCCGCAAAUUUCUCAGAAGAGAAUGAGCAUAAGAAAUGACUCUGCAGUGACUGAGUUUCUCCUGUUGGGGUUAACAGAGGAACCAGCUCUUCAGCUGCCCCUUUUCUGCCUCUUCUUGGGGAUUUACAUAGUCACUGUGGUGGGGAAUCUUGGCAUGAUUGCAGUCAUCACACUGAAUUCUCAACUUCACACCCCCAUGUACUAUUUCCUCAGCAGUCUCUCCUUUUUAGAUUUCUGCUACUCUUCUGUUGUUACCCCCGAAAUGCUGGUAGAGUUUGUAAGCAGGGAUAAAACCAUCUCUUAUUCCGAUUGUAUGGCUCAGCUAUUCUUCUUCUGUGUUUUUGUCAUUUCUGAAUGCUACAUGUUGGCAGCCAUGGCCUAUGAUCGUUAUGUGGCCAUCUGCAGACCACUGCUCUAUGCUGUCAUCAUGUCCCCUCGGGUCUGUUCUCUACUGGUGGCUGCUGUCUUCUCAGUGGGCUUUACUGAUGCUGUGAUUCAUGGGGGCUGUGUAUUAAGGUUAUCUUUCUGCAAAUCCAACAUCAUUAAACAUUAUUUCUGUGACAUUGUCCCUCUUAUUCAACUCUCCUGCUCCAGCACUUACAUUGAUGAAAUUUUGAUUUUUGUCAUUGGUGGAUUUAACAUGGUAGCCACCAGCCUGACAAUUAUCGUUUCAUAUGGGUUUAUCCUAACUAGCAUUCUCCGCAUUCACUCUAAAGAGGGCAGGUCCAAAGCCUUUAGCACCUGCAGCUCCCACCUGACAGCUGUUCUUAUAUUUUACGGGUCUCUCAUGUCCAUGUAUCUGAAACCCACUUCUAAUGGCUCGCUCAUCCACGAAAAAGUGACCUCAGUGUUUUAUACCACAGUGAUCCCCAUGUUAAACCCACUGAUAUACAGUCUGAGGAACAAAGAAGUAAAAAACGCACUGGCGAAGCUUGUAAGAAGAAAAAUACCUUCCUAAUAAACAUGCUUUUUACUGAGACCCAUUUCUGUGCUGCUAAUCAUGUUUAUGUGUGUGUUUAUACCCCGACUCCUUCGAAGCAAUCUGAGCCGAGC